AUGUCUGCUCUACGUGCCUGGUAUGCUAAAUCACAUCGACCCCAACUUUCACUUGGGACAUCACUCUUGUCCAAAUCGAACCCCUUCCGUCUCGCUUCCACCCUCCCUCCCCGCUCUACACAAUUCACCAAACCCACCGUAGACCAUGUCAACCAUCUCCGAUCUAUUCUCACCUCCCCCGCUUCCCUCCUUACCACCUUGGAUGGUUCCUCAACCUUUGGCGAGCUCGAUGCUUUCAACUCCGAUUGGAUGGGUAAAUAUCACGGUUCCAGUCCAUUGGUACUCAAACCUCGAUCAACUUCCGAGGUUAGCGAGAUAAUGCGUUAUUGCAAUUCCCAGAACCUCGCCGUUGUACCUCAAGGAGGUAACACUGGUCUUGUGGGUGGGUCCAACCCUGUAUACGACGAAGUAAUCCUCUCUUUAUCCAACCUCAAUUCGGUCAGGUCAUUCGAUAAAGUUUCUGGGAUAUUAGUGGCGGAUGCUGGGGUCGUAUUGGAAUCUGCUGAUAAUUAUCUGGCGGAAAGGGGUUUCAUUUUCCCGCUCGAUUUAGGAGCCAAGGGAUCUUGUCAGAUAGGAGGGAAUGUAGCUGCUAACGCUGGAGGUUUGAGGUUGUUAAGGUAUGGAAGUUUGAGAGGGAGCGUAUUGGGUUUAGAGGUGGUUCUUCCUGAUGGAACUAUCUGGAAUGGUUUGAGUAAAUUGAGAAAGGACAACACUGGUCUCGAUCUUAAACAAUUAUUCAUCGGAUCCGAAGGUACCCUCGGUAUCAUCACCGCCAUAUCCAUCCUCUGUCCCCGUCGACCUUUAGCAACAAACGUCGCCGUAUUUUCUCUACCGUCAUACGAAGCCGUCCAAGCCGUAUACGCAGAAGCUCGUUUACAUCUCGGGGAGAUUCUCUCGGCUUUUGAAUUCUUCGAUUCUGGGUCAUAUGGUUUUGUAAAACAACAUCAAGCUCAUAAUGGAGGUUCUAAAAAGGUGUUCGAAACAGAAGGAGAGUUCUAUUGUCUUAUUGAAACUGGAGGGAGUAACGCAGAACAUGACGAGGGUAAAAUGACAGCUUUGUUGGAACAUCUCAUGGGUAAUGAGAUGGUUCUUGAUGGAGUAUUGGCACAGGAUGAAACUCAAAUCAAAGAAUUGUGGUCUUUACGAGAAGGUAUCACGGAGAGUAUCGGGAAACUUGGAAAAGUUUACAAAUAUGAUCUAUCGGUUCCAGUGGAGAAGAUGUACGGAUUGGUUGAGAUUAUGAGAGAAAGGUUGAGAGAAAGAGGUUUGUAUAAAGAAGAUGGAAGUGGUAUCGUUAUUGGGGUCAUAGGGUAUGGGCAUAUGGGAGACGGAAAUUUACAUCUUAACGUGGUUUCCAAAGAAUGGUCAGAUGAUGUCCAACAAGCUAUCGAACCGUAUGUGUAUGAACUAGUCGCCGAAAACUCUGGUUCUAUAUCUGCAGAACACGGAUUGGGAAUCAUGAAAGCUCCAUAUAUCUCAUAUUCGAAAUCAACAGAAUCAGUGGAAAUGAUGAAACGUAUCAAGCAAAUGUUUGAUCCGAAAGGUUUGUUGAAUCCGUACAAGUAUAUAGUAUAGAAUCGAGGAUGAAGCUGUGCUUUCUU